AUUGCCUCCUUCGUACAGAUCAUCUCGGCUUUGUAGCAACCUCCAUGGUGCCACUCAUACUUCUCUUUCUGCUCCUACCCGUAGUCGGCUAUCUCUCUUCUCCGCUACUCUUCCUCCUCUUCUCGCGCCCAGCCCCUUCCCCGGUGCCAGUUGACUUCACCCUCACAUCCUCUGGCCACCUCAAAGCUCACGUCUCUCUAGACCUCAUUCGCUACCUCCUGCCGACCCUCGUGCAGGUCGUAGCACUCUUUGUGCUCCCGGUCCUCUCUCUCUACCUCGGUAAUGAGCUGCUCAACAAUCGCAUCUCAAGUGGACGAUGGAUCACACGAGGCUGGCUCAACCUGGGAAGGAUGAGCAAGGCAGAGUGGGAGAAGCAGGUCAUCCUCGUCACUGGAGGCGCUGGCGGCUUGGGCCGGGAGAUCGUCCGGCUUGCUCUGGCAAAGGGGGCUACAGUCGUCACAUUGGAUGUGGUCGACCCACCUGCCGAGGGGCCCGAGAGCUCUGGACGGUGCUUCCACUACCAGUGUGAUGUGAGCAAGAGCCAGCAAGUGGAAGCAAUAAGCAAGACGAUCAGAGGCGACCUACAGAAGCGCAAGAAGGAAGCUGGAGAAGCCGGUCUGUAUCUGCCGACCGAAGUCACAGUGCUGGUGAAUAAUGCAGGGAUCACCUCCCUGGCUGCACCAUCGUCGUACAUCAUCGCCCUCCCCCCGAGCGAAGUGUCGAAAGUGCUCGAGGUCAAUCUCCUCUCCCAUUUUCACACUCUGCGGACCUUUCUGCCGCCUAUGCUGCGUCGAGGACAAGGAGGACAUGUGGUCAGUGUCGCCUCCAGCAUGGGCCACGUUGGAGCGAUUGGGAUGGCAGACUACGUUAGCAGCAAAUUUGGCGUCAUCGGCCUGCACGAAACUCUCUGUAGGGAACUCAAGGCAUGGCGGUCGGGCAAUGUAGAUGAGGCAAUGAUGCAGGUGGUACAAGAGGCAGGCGCAGGGCUGGACGAUGAGCUAAUCUCAAAGGGGAGUGACGCAGAGGAUGACUCGUCCUACCUGCCCUCCAACGUACGAGUACAGACGAGUCUCAUACUUCCAUCGCACAUCGCUACCCCACUCUUCAAGGACUGGACCUACCCAUGGCCGUUCGACUUCCUCACGCCCACCCUCACGCCAACGCACGUAGCCGAAAGGAUCAUCGAAGAGAUCGGCGAAAGGCGAAGCGGGUGGAUGUACCUGCCCAGGCUGACUUGGCCGACUGCAUGGAUGGGAGUUUUGCCUGACUGGAUGAGAGCAUUGAUGUUCUGGAUGAGUGGCUCUGACACUGCCGUGGAAUGCAUGAGGGCUUCAGCGCGUCGGCAAGACUACGAGAGUGAGGAGCGCACACCUGCGCCUUCGCAGAUACGCACGCGGGCUCAAAGGGCAGCCAGUGUGGGCGCAGAGAAGCAAAGCUGACCGUCAAUGUAUCAUCCACUCGUCAUGUCGCUUUUCCUGUUGUCUGCCCACUUUGUAG